CAGAUGGAGAGAGCUCGACUUAGGACAGACACUUUAUUCUCUUUGCUACUCAAUUCUCCUUUCUUUUGCCCUCAUUUCCUGCUUUUUGCUUUCAACAUCUCAUUAUUUUGCUCUUCCGUUAAUGUCUAAUUAUACUCUUUUUGUCAAGCUGCUUGGUGGCUACAUCUUUUUUGACUACACUUCUUCCUCUUACUUCCUGACAUUUCCCUCUUACUGCUGCUGCCUUGCACCUUCCUGACUAAGGUCUUUCUUUAACUAGCUGCUCAUCCUCUUUAUCCUUCUUUUUCCCUCUUUAUAACUUCUAUUCUUUCACUUCCUUUCCUUGCCUCCUAUCUUUCGGAUGGACAGCUACUCCUUUCUCUACAGUUCAUCCCACAGAACCGGACUUCUAUCCGGCUUCCAGCGCCUGCGCACUGAGAGAAAGAUGUGUGAUGUCGUCCUUGAGGCCGGAGGCAUAUCCUUCCCAUGUCACCGUGCCCUUUUGGCCAGCUCCAGUGAGUAUUUCUGGGCUCUGUUUGGAGGAACUACCGCAGAGAGUUUAGCGGACUCCAUUAGACUCCCGGCACUAACACCUGAGGGUUUAGAAGCCAUUCUGGACUUCUUGUACUCAGGCUGGCUCAGCAUAUCACCCUCCAAAAUUUCUGUCAUCCUGGAAGCAGCCAGGUACCUGCAAGUGGAGACGGCAGUGUCAAUAUGUGAGCACUUCAUGAUUGAUGGUUUAAGUGCUGAGAAUUGCUGUUCUUAUGCUAACCUGGCUGAACGCCAUGCACUAUCAAACGCACUUGAGGCUGCCAAUCAAACCAUCGCUACGGACAUGGGGACAUUGCUUCAGGAAAGCAGGGACGACCUCCUCGAGCUGAAUAUCCAAUCACUGAUGGCGGUGCUUGAUGCUGACGAGAUACCUGGUGUCAAGGAGGUGGAGCUUGUGAAGCUGGCUCUGGAUUGGCUGGAUGAGAAUGGGCCCCUCCCAUUGCUGAAAUCAAAUCUUCUGCUGAGUCGUCUGCGCUUCGGAUUGGUCAGUGUUUCUGAUCUCACCAACCUUAACCACAGAGCCAUGGCCACACCUUUAAUCAGAAGUCAGCUGACUCGAGCUUUGGAAUACCACAGGAUGGGUUCAGCUCAACCAAUCAGACAGAGCAGGCAGUCGACGCUUAGAGCAUCAUCCAGUCGUGUGUUGCUUGUGGGUGGAGGGCCCAGUGCUGAUUGGCCAGAACAGCAGGUGUUGGCAUUUGAUCCAAGAAGCAAGAAGUUUUCAUCUCUGAGUUCCUGUCUCCCACUGCGACUGAGAAAUCACUGUGCGUGCUCAGUCGGAGGUUUCCUCUUUGUGAUUGGAGGGGAGGAAGUUAAAGAGGGAGAUGAGGAUGGAAAAAAGCCUGUUACCAAAGCAACAUCCAACCAGGUGUGGCGGUACGACCCUCGCUUUGACUGCUGGGAGCAGGUAGAGUCUAUGUUGGAGAGGCGGGCGCAGUUCACCUGCUGUGUGGUGGAGGAUGUUAUAUAUGUCAUUGGAGGACGACACACACGACCUGACACCGACACACACACCUCGGUUUCUUCUGUUGAGUUUUACGACAUGACUAUGGGAGUGUGGAGGAGAGGAGCAACAAUGCCUCGCCCCCUUUACGGCCACGCAUCUGCUGUGCUUGACAACAACAUCUAUGUGUCAGGUGGUCUCCCGGGCAACCAGGGCAACAUCCACAGCAGUAACCAUGGGGAUAACCCGGAUGAAAACAGGGAGAGCUGCAGAGAGUUCCUGUGUUGGGACCGCAAAGGAAGAGUUUGGGAAAAGAGGGCAUCCAUGUCUAUUGCCAGGUUCAGUCACCGCUUGACAACUGCCCAUGGCUACAUCUACGCCCUGCUGGGGAUGUAUGAACCUUUCUGUGAUAUAGAACGAUACGAUUCACAGUCAGACCACUGGACACGCCUCAGACCGCUUCUCAUUGGCUCCUUUAAAUAUGGGAUGGUGUCAAUGCCAUCUGGGAAUCUGCUGGUAUUUGGAGGGAUAAGAUGGAACGAUGGAGAGGAGGUGAUCAUGAAGAGCGUGUUGGAGUACAACACAAAAAAAGACUGCUGGAGGGAGAUCUGUCAGCUCCCCAGACCUCUCACUGGGACUGAGUGCACUCUGCUACCCCUGCCAGACUGAAGCUUACACACUGUGAGAAAAUGUUUGACAGAUUAAGUGAUGUAAUAUCUAUACUGAGGCUGUUUCACUUACAAGUAGGUGCAAAAUAAUCUCAAAAUGCUGAGAAUAGAGCACAACAAUAUCAUAAAUUGGACAAGCUAUGACAUGUUAAUUGAUGAGCUUUGAGCUUUUUUCUACCGAUGUACAAAGCCAAACUGACUGUUUCCCCUGUUUCCAGUCUGUAUAAUAAGCUAAGCUUUUCCACUUUGAGCCUACUUUUAGGAACAGGUUUAUUUACAGUAAUCUACAUUUUUAGGUAUUUAAACAGUAAUGUUACUGAAAGCUAAUUGCAACUGGAGAAUAAGUAAUCCCAGCUAACCAGAAAUAACAAGCAGCCGCUAGUGAGAAGGGAGAUAGUUGUUAUGAUAUUCCUGUGACCGAAAGUGAAAAUGUUCUAAAAUAAGGAAUAAAACAGGAGCAAAGGACAGAGAUAAAAGGGGAUUGGAGAGCGAGUGGAGGAGAGGUGAAGAGAUUUAGAGGGAAGAAGGUAAUUCUUGAAUAGAUUAGUUUUCAGGAGGAGGCUGAGCCAGACUGCAGAGGAGGCUAUCACACAGAACAGGGAAUAGACAAGAAGUCAAAACAGGAGAUAAGGUGAUGAAGGUGGAGGGGGAUAUCUUUGAAAUAAAAACAACAGCAAAGCUAAGCUUAAUAUUUUAUAGAAGUUGUAGAUGAAAGUCCCAUGCAUGUGACAUUCCUGUUUAUUUACUAGUGAUAAAUAAUUAAAUUUUUCUAUAAGAUAGAUAUAGAAAUAGAAGCAAACCGGAGAUACUGAGUGACCUUGUUUUCUUGUUUCACUCAUUUCUAUCUGCACAAACAACCAAAUGGACAAAGUGUGUUCAAGCUGCAGAGUAGAAGAAGCAUUGGCAGGAAAUCACCAUGAUUUGUGGCUAAUAGCUGCUACAGUUUAUUAUUCAUGGACUUUUGUGCUUCCAUUUAAUCCUGAGCACAGCCCGUGCUGUCUCCAUAAAUGUUAUUUAUUUAACAUGUUUUAUUAUGUUUGAAGAUAUUAUUACAUUCAAAAUUAACUGGGUGUCUCACAAUAUUAUGUAGUAACUAUUAUAAAUAACAAAAUGCAACUGCAUGGGUACCAAAACUAAAACUUAUCUAUGCAGGUAACUUUGAAUCCUUGAAUUAUUUUAGUCAUCUGUUACUGUCAAAACAUUGUUGGAAUUUAAUGCAGAUAUUAUAUUUUGCAAAGUUUAACAAUUUAACAUUCCAAUUGGUAAUUAUCAUGAGCUAAUAAAUAUUUAAUAUGAGUUCUGAUGAAUCAAAAAACUUGGUGUGAUCACACCUGCAGGACAAUGUAACAUAAACCACGGGAGAAUAUUUGAAAAGUU